CGUUUAAGGAGUCCAAGUGGAAAAUCAACUGCAAGCAUGGUUGGUGCGCCCGAUGUCGUCAAACCGUCAGACAAAGUCGAAGAAUAUUCGCCCCACGUCACCGGGAAUCCAGUUUUCACUAUCAGCGAUGAGACUGGCUGUCCAGACACCGCUUUCAACAUGGCGUCGGUAAAUACCAACGGGGAUCUGAAGAGCCCUGGCGACCCCCCGGACAAGAAGGUCACCGAGGCCGACGCUGAGAAACAACCGCUGUCAGGGAAGAAAGAGGAGAGAUGGUGGAACACGCUGAUGCAAGUGGCCGUUCCCUUCUUCAUAGCGGGGUGCGGCACCAUCGGCGCCGGCUUAGUUCUUGGCAGCGUAAGGAAUUGGGAGGUGUUUUUAAAUGUUUCUGCCAUCUUUGUUCUGGUGCCGUCUCUGUCUGGUUUGAAGGGUAAUCUGGAUAUGUGCCUGGCAUCGCGGCUGUCGACUCAGGCCAACCUUGGCAACAUGGAGACGCCUAGGGAAGUGAUUUCCAUGGUCGUCGGCAACAUAUCACUAGUUCAGGUGCAGGCAAUAGUGGCAGCAACGGUCGUCUCGAUGUUCGCCAUCACCGUAAACGCCAUCACAGAUAGGGCGUUCAACGGCAGCUACGUGCUGCUGCUAAUCGCGUCGGCCGUCUUCACCGCAACCACCACUUGCUUCGUGCUGGAUUUCGUGAUGGUGCUGGUGAUCUUCGGCUCGCAGAAGUUCAAGGUGAACCCGGACAACGUGGCGACACCGUUGGCCGCGUCCAUCGGCGACAUCGUCAGCAACUCUGUGCUCGCCGUCACCGCGCAGUACAUGUACGAUCAAAUAAAGAUCUCCCUGUGGCAGCCCAUUGCUCUGAUGUGCGUCUACUACAGCCUACUGCCGCUCUGGGUAUUCAUCGUAUGGAGGAAUAAGUACACGAAGAGUGUUCUAAUGACCGGCUGGACGCCUGUCAUAUCGGCGCUGUUCAUAAGCGGCAUCGGUGGUAUCGUACUCGACCAGGCAGUGGAGAAAUAUCCUGGAUACGAAGUGUUCCAGCCGAUCGUAAACGGCAUCGGUGGCAACCUGGUCUGCGUUCAGUCCUCGAGGCUCACAACUCACCUCCACCAGACCGCCAUCCUCGGAAUACUGCCGGAGAAAACGAGGAUAGUUGAGUGGCCAUGGAAGACAUUGUUCUUUGGGACCACUGCAGCCAAGGUAGCGCGAAUGCUGCUAGUUCUCGCGGUGUGCGGUCAAAUGAUAUUCAUGGUGGUCGCCGACUUCAUCUUCCAGGGUGCUGUGACCAUCCAGUUUGCCUUUGGUCUCACCUACGUCAUGUGUUCUAUGCUACAGGUCAUGAUGUUGCUGUACUUGGCGUACAUGCUGAUCCACUUCAUGUGGAAGAAGCAGAAGGACCCUGACAACGCGGCGAUACCGUAUCUGACUGCGUUAGGCGACCUCCUGGGCUCCGUGUUCCUAGGUCUCGCUUUCGUCAUCCUCUCUAUAUUCGGCCUCCAGUACGGCAACAAUGUGUCCGGGACU